CGCCCGUGUUUUGGACAUCGCAGAAGCCCCUUUAAUCAAGCCUCGGCAUAAAUAACACGGCCCAGGAACACGGCCGUGUUUUGGAUUUAGUCCAGCCCGUGUUUUUCUUCCUCAUUAGUUCAUCUCUCGGCAUAAAUAACACUGACGUGCUCUUUUCGUGUACACGGCCAUGCUCUUCAGGCCUCCUGCCCGUGCUUUGACCCCAGCUCGACCGAAUGACCUCUAAACGCCCCGAAUCUCAUGCUUAACCUUUCCAUCGACGUCUGGGACCUGAAAUAUGACAAAGUAGCACAACCCAGCGUAAAACGGACCAAAAAUACACGGCUACGAGCCACAAACGGAUAAGAACUAAGGGUGCAAACAUGUGCAAAUACAUCGUUAUCACAUCCUCAGAUAGAGAAGAGCUUCGAGGAUCGGUUGGCUCGGAAUGAUCAGGACCUGCUGGACGAGCGGGAGGCGUCCAAGGCGGUUCGCGAGGAGAGGGAAUGUCUCUAAGAUUCGCUUCGAAAGUCAAGUGAGAUUGAGAAGACAUUGAUGGAGGAGCAGGAUGCACUUCGCAAGGAGGUGGACGCCCUGAAUUCAGAGAAGGCGUCUUUGCUGGUAAAUCAUGAGGCAGAGGUGGAUGUUGUUCGAGCUGAAGCUAGUCCUGCCUACUUGAAGUCUGCCGAGUUUCUUGCCUAUGAUAAGGUGAAGUACAAUGAGGUAGUAGGCAACGUGGUGGGCGCCAUAAGUCACAUGUUUCGUAGGGAGCAACCUGAUGUGGCCUGGGACACUAACCGCGUGUGGGAUGCUAUCUACCAUUGGUCCUCUUUUGACGUGACAUCUGAGGCUGACGGUUCAGAGGAGGACGAGGUGGGAGAUGAGGAAGAGUCUGUUGAAGAAGGUGAUGCAGGUAGCAGGGGUUCUCAGAGUGUUGGAGACCAGAUUGAUUACUCUUUUCAAGUUUUUCUAUCUUUUGGCGGGUUUUAAGAGCCCUAGACAUUUUCCUUUGUGGAGAUUUGUUGCUAUAAAAACAUGUUGUUGGA